UACUAGCAGCCGAAGCUGGCAGCCCCAGCCUGCCCAGGAUUGCCCAGCUCUGCACCACGGCCUUGCCAGUCACUUGUGCCAUGAGCUGCCACUCUGAGGACCACUCCUUUGGGACCACAAAUGGUUAAAGCCACCACCUGGCCUUUUCUCCUCCUGCCUCCUGAUAUGACUCUGUGGUACAAGGGCCACCCACAGAGCUCCCAGCUGCAGACAUGUGUUCCUGCUCAGACAGGGCCAGAAGGCACUGCCAACCUCGGUGCCAUUGCUCUGGGAGCUGACUGCCUUCCAGUUCCUCUUCCUGGAAUCCUCAGGACACUUUAUAAAGGAAUCAUCGAGUCUGUAGCCUUUGAGACGGGCUUCUUCUAUUCUGUGCCAUGCCUUUGAAAUACACCGUGUCGCUGCCUGUAUCAGUAGUUUGUUCCUUGUGUUGCUAAGUAGCAUUCCACUGCAUGGGCAUGCCGCGGUUCAUCUAUUCACCUGAAGAAAGACAUGUGUACUGUUUCAAGGUAUCUUGGCCUCAGCUGUCUUUGAAGUCACCAUGGCGUGGUCCCCACCAGCCACCUUCUCCCUGUUCCUGCUGCUGCUAGGCCAGCCGCCUCCCAGCAGGCCACAGUCACUGGGCACCACCAAGCUCCGGCUGGUGGGCCCAGAGAGCAAGCCAGAGGAGGGCCGCCUGGAGGUGCUGCACCAGGGCCAGUGGGGCACCGUGUGUGAUGACAGCUUUGCUCUCCAGGAGGCCACGGUGGCUUGCCGCCAGCUGGGCUUCGAAGCUGCCUUGACCUGGGCCCACAGUGCCAAGUAUGGCCAAGGGGAGGGGUUUGGAAGAGGUAACUUGGUAAGUGUGGGAUCCUAUGCAGGAGGCAGAGCCUGUGACCUGCCUCUCUGUGCCAUCUUUGAGCAUCACCCCCACUCCACAGGACCCAUCUGGCUGGACAAUGUGCGCUGUGUGGGCACGGAGAGCUCCCUGGACCAGUGCGGGUCUAAUGGCUGGGGUGUCAGUGACUGCAGUCACUCUGAAGACGUAGGGGUGAUAUGCCACCCCAGGCGCCAUCGUGGCUACCUAUCUGAAACCGUCUCCAAUGCCCUUGGGCCCCAGGGCCGGCGGCUGGAGGAGGUGCGGCUCAAGCCCAUCCUUGCCAGUGCCAAGCAGCAUAGCCCAGUGACCGAGGGAGCCGUGGAGGUGAAGUAUGAGGGCCACUGGCGGCAGGUGUGUGACCAGGGCUGGACCAUGAACAACAGCAGGGUGGUGUGUGGGAUGCUGGGCUUCCCCAGCGAGGUGCCUGUCGACAGCCACUACUACAGGAAAGUCUGGGAUCUGAAGAUGAGGGACCCUAAAUCUAGGCUGAAGAGCCUGACGAAUAAGAACUCCUUCUGGAUCCACCAGGUCACCUGCCUGGGGACAGAGCCCCACAUGGCCAACUGCCAGGUGCAGGUGGCUCCAGUCCGGGGCAAGCUGCAGCCAGCCUGCCCAGGUGGCAUGCACGCUGUGGUCAGCUGUGUGGCAGGGCCUCGCUUCCGCCCACCGAAGACAAAGCCACAACGCAAAGGGUCCCAGGCAGAGGAGCUGAGGGUGCGCCUGCGCUCCGGGGCCCAGGUGGGCGAGGGCCGGGUGGAAGUGCUCGUGAACCGCCAGUGGGGCACGGUCUGUGACCACAGGUGGAACCUCAUCUCUGCCAGUGUCGUGUGUCGUCAGCUGGGCUUUGGCUCUGCUAGGGAGGCCCUCUUUGGGGCCCGGCUGGGCCAAGGGCUAGGGCCCAUCCACCUGAGUGAGGUGCGCUGCAGGGGGUAUGAGCGGACCCUCAGCGACUGCCCUGCCCUAGAAGGGUCCCAGAAUGGUUGUCAACAUGAGAAUGAUGCUGCUGUCAGGUGCAACGUCCCUAACAUGGGCUUUCAGAAUCAGGUGCGCUUGGCUGGUGGGCGCAUCCCUGAGGAGGGGCUGUUGGAGGUGCAGGUGGAGGUGAACGGGGUCCCACGCUGGGGGAGUGUGUGCAGUGAAAACUGGGGGCUCACCGAAGCCAUGGUGGCCUGCCGACAGCUCGGCCUGGGUUUUGCCAUCCAUGCCCACAAGGAAACCUGGUACUGGUCGGGGAUGCUGAGGGCCCAAGAGGUGGUGAUGAGCGGGGUGCGCUGCUCAGGCACAGAGCUGGCCCUGCAGCAGUGCCAGAGGCACGGGCCGGUGCACUGCUCCCAUGGCGGCGGGCGCUUCCUGGCUGGAGUCUCCUGCAUGGACAGUGCACCAGACCUGGUGAUGAACGCCCAGCUAGUGCAGGAGACAGCCUACCUGGAGGACCGCCCGCUCAGCCAGCUGUAUUGUGCCCACGAGGAGAACUGCCUCUCCAAGUCUGCGGAUCACAUGGACUGGCCCUAUGGAUACCGGCGCCUACUGCGCUUCUCCACACAGAUCUACAACCUGGGCCGGACAGACUUUCGUCCAAAGACUGGACGCGAGAGCUGGGUUUGGCACCAGUGCCACAGGCAUUACCACAGCAUUGAGGUCUUCACCCACUACGACCUCCUCACUCUCAAUGGCUCCAAGGUGGCUGAGGGGCACAAGGCCAGCUUCUGUCUGGAGGACACAAACUGCCCCACAGGACUGCAACGGCGCUACGCGUGUGCCAACUUUGGGGAACAGGGAGUGACUGUAGGCUGCUGGGACACCUACCGGCAUGACAUUGAUUGCCAAUGGGUGGAUAUCACAGACGUGGGCCCUGGGAACUAUAUCUUCCAGGUGAUUGUGAACCCCCACUAUGAGGUGGCAGAGUCAGAUUUCUCCAACAAUAUGAUACAGUGCCGCUGCAAGUAUGAUGGGCAUCGGGUCUGGCUGCACAACUGCCACACAGGGAAUUCAUACCCAGCCAAUGCAGAACUCUCCCUGGAGCAAGAACAGCGUCUCAGGAACAACCUCAUCUGAAGCCCUCACUGCACGCUCCUAGCUACUGCCGAUAACCAGAUACCUCAGCUUACUGGAGCCAUGCCCUUCACAGUCCCAACUCAGAGGAAAAGGGCCAGUGCCAAGGGGCACCAAGAACCUGCUCAGGAAGCCUUUUGAUGGCAAGAUCACCAAUCCAGAUGGUACUGCUUCUUUAGGGUGGCACUGGGCCUACCCCCUAAGGGCCUGGAAUAUGGCUUCCAGGCUUUGCUCAGCUGAGCUCCUCUUCUAUAAGGAAACCCAGUCAUCCCUGAAUCUUGCCACAGAGAUGCGGGGUUCAGGAGCUUUCAGUUCUUUAGGGAUGGACUAUGGUCCAGUCCCCCAUCUAAGUGGUGCUUUGCAAAUGUCUUGGAGGAGUAUAGGACAGAGUACCAAAAUACACAGCAGGUAGUGUUAGCUCUCUGCUAGGAGCUCAAAGCAACACAACUUGUAUCAAAAUCACAACUGGCAGAGAAGCUGGUGGAUCCAAUCCUUUCUUCAUCUGUUAUUAUUUACAACUCACCUCUCACACUCUGUUCUUUAGUGUCCUUACCUUUAUCCUACCACACACAUGGGUGUUUCUGUUAUCCUUGGAAGCACAGACCUCGGGCAUCCCCUUAUUGCCUGAUGGGCCAACACCAACAGUUACUGAGUGCUUGAGAAGGGGCAAGUUUCACAGAAAUGGCCAGAUAGGGCCUUCCUACAGAGCAGCAAGAGUAGGCCAAGCAGAAAGACUGCUGAGGUAACAUGGAUCCCAGGCCCUGUCAGGGCCUCUGCCAAGGAAAAAAUAUGGACGAUUUAUCUGGCAGGCAGUCUGAUCUCUCAGGAUCACCACGCAUCUCAGGAUUGGUCUAAGCUACAAGUCCCAACCAAGUGUCUGAAGUGAACUUUGCAUUGAAUAAAUUUUUGCCAUGGAAAGAACAUCAAACAAGCUACUCAUCUCUAUGGAGAUAUGAAAACAAGUCUGGCAGAGUGAGAGACAGAAGACCAUGGAGAAAUCAGAAGGGGGAACAGUCAGUGUAGUUAAGGAUGGAACCUGGGAAAGGCCACCAUUCCUGCUUGAUGGGGCUGUGAUUUCUCUCGCUCAAGUAGAAUAAAACCCCAUGGUCUUCUUGACAUGAUUCUUGAUCUUUUCUCCACUGAGACAAACUUUAGUGAUGAUCCUUACAGGACUGACACCCUAAUGCCAAAAAAGGUUGCUCAUUAUGGACUGCUACAAA